UUAGUAGUAAAACUGAACUUGCAUAUGAAAUUAAGUUAAAACGCUGAUAUGGCCAUACGCAGACGAUAUACUACAGCGUUGCUGAUCAUAUUGCCAGCUGUAGUAAGCACUUUUAAAAUUGAAGCAAAUAUUAAUAAUUUCCAAUGCAAAUCGACCAACAUUCAGUGUCUAAGCAGUACAACUUUUACUUCGUGUAUCAAUGGCGACAGCGUAAUUAGUUUGGUGAAAUCUGUAAUUCAGUGUCCUGAAGGAUAUGUUUGCAACGAUGAUGUCACCGGACCAUGCGUACUGCAAUCGGGCUCGACAGAAAGCACCACAAACGGUAGAACUUCAGCAUCCAUUACGACACGUGUAACAACUUCUGAUUCCGGAACUGCAAAUAUUACAGAUACAACAAAUGUAGGCACUACAACACCUAUUACAGAUACAACCUUUGUAGGCACAACCACACGCUUCACAGUUGAAAGACCGACUGGUUCCCCUUCAUGUAAAGAUGCAAGCACGUACCCGGCACCAGCGUGCAACCAGUAUUAUGUGUGCACAAAGAAGUCCGUAUUGUUUAUAUCAUGGUAUGAACCUGUAUUGAACACCUGCGUCGAUGGAUAUGAAUUUAGUUCCACGCUAUUGCAAUGCGUUUUGCCAGCGCUGAGUGAUUGCCCUUAGUCAAGACAAUUGUCUGAAAAAGUUAUGAUUAUGUCUUAGCUUAUGACGUAUACUGGAAAUUAUACCCAUUUGUAAUAACCUCUCUAUUUUUAUCCUUGUCUCAUAAAUGUCAGAAAACCAAUUGUCAGACAAAGUUGUUAUUUACUUACCAAAGUUAGUUUUAGUUAGCAAAAGAUAAGUUUCUUUGAAAAAUUCAAAUUGGAAAUUGUAAUACAACUAGCAGAAGAUAUGCGAAAAAAACUUGUUCGAAAUCGGGUAGUGAUUUUUCGCAAUUUUAGUUGACCCAAUUGCUUGAAGAGGUUGUUUAUUAUGAUUAUGUUAGAUUAAGUUAGUUUUGAUUAGCAAAAGAUGUUUUUUUUAAGUUCAAAUUGGAAAUUGUAAUACAACUAGCAUCAGAUUCAACAAAACCGAGCCCCAAAAAGAUUGCGAAAGAAACUUAUUCAAAAUCAAGCAGUGAUCUUUCGCAAUUUUAGAUGACCCAAUUUAGUAGAGCCAACUGUUUGAAGAGGAUGUUUAUUGUGAUUAUGGCUUAUCUUAUUACAUAUAGUGGUAAAUUAUACCCAUUUGUAACGACCCUUUAUACUUGUCUCGCAAAUGUGAGAAAACCAAUUUUCAGAAAAAGUUGUUAGUUCCUAACCAAGGGUAGUUUUGGUUUGCAAAAGAUAAGUUUUUUGAAAAGUUCAAACUGAAAAUUAUAAUACAACUAGCCGCAGAUACCCACAAAGAUUGCGAAAAAAACUUGUUCAAAAUCGGAUAGUGAUUUUUCGCAAUAUUCGUGGACACGCGCAUGAACACUUUUUAGACACCAUAAUAAAAUGUAAAACAACCUAUUGCGUAGUAAGCAAUUAUGGGCUGCAAAAUAGGAAACAUAUGUUUUUAUUUCCGCUAAUAUAUUAUCGUUGGAAAUGAGUAUAAUUUGAACUACCGAUGAAGAUGCGCAUGUA